GCGCUGAUGUCAAAUCCUAGCAGGCUGCUGAACCAAUAGGACUCAGAGCCCAAGAAGGACCCUCCUUUGCAAGACAGACAAGCCAUCCAAUGUGUGCCCAGUAAGUUGGCUGGAUUCGGCCGUAGUUCAGUGGUAGAGUCCCUGCUUCUCCAUGUGGAUGGUCUGUGGUUGAAUCCCUUGUCUCUCCAGUUCAAGGAUCAGGGCCAGAAAAAAACCUUCUCUGGCUCACUAAAGGAGGAUAGAAUAAGGGGCCGUCUUGUAAAACUUGCUUUCCUUUUCUCUCUGCGUUGCUGUUCUACGUUACAGGCAGCUGCAGCAACCUCCAGGUCUGGGUGUGAGCUCAGGAAGCCCCCGGUUCAGAUCUUACCACACAAGGCUCAGCCUUCCAUCUGUAAAAUGGGCACAACGUUGCCAAAUUUACAGGGCUCUGUUGCAAAACAUAAUGAGAUUUGAAAUAGACUAUGGCAAUUGAUGCUGUUGGUGAUGAUAGCUCAUCCACACAGGUCUGCCACACACAAGAGCAGCUGAAACAGAAGGACUAUUACUGCCUCUACAGUGGUACCUCAGGUUAAGUACUUAAUUCGUUCCAGAGGUCCGUUCUUAACCUGAAACUGCUCUUAACCUGAAGCACCACUUUAGCUAAUGGGGCCUCCUGUUGCCGCCGCGCCGCCAGAGCACGAUUUCUGUUCUCAUCCUGAAGCAAAGUUCUUAACCUGAAGCACUAUUUCUGGGUUAGUGGAGUCUGUAACCUGAAGCGUAUGUAACCCGAGGUACCACUGUAUUAUUGUUUGCAUUGCAUAAAUAUGGACUCUGUGUUCUCAAAAGCCAAAGUGGUGUUUACAGCUAUGAGCUUAGAACGUCGUCAAAAUCCUUCACCAAGGGAGACCCAAAUUUGGCAGUAAGAAAAAAAAACGGAUCUCCGUAACACAUACAAAUUGAGCGAAUGCGCAUAAUUUCACUCAUUUCACGUAAUUUGCUCGACAAAUUUGCAACAUUCAUUCAGUUCUAUGGUAAUAAUAAUAAUAAUAAUAAUAAUAAUAAUAAUAAUAAUAAUUUAUUAUUUGUACCCUGCCCAGCUAGCUGGGUCUCCCCAGCCACUCUGGGCGGCUCCCAACAGAAUAUUAAAAGCACAAUCAAACAUGAAAAACUUCCCUAAACAGGUCCGCCUUCAGAUGUCUUCUAAAAGUCAGAUAGUUGUUUAUCUCUUUGACAUCUGGUGGGAGGGCGUUCCACAGAGUGGGUGCCACCACCGAGAAAGGCCCUCUGCCUGGUUCCCUGUAGCUUUGCAGGGAGGGAACCGCCAGAAGGCCCUCGGUGGUGGACCUCAAUGUCCAGGCAGAACAAUGGGGGUGGAGACGCUCCUUCAGGUAGACUGGACUGAGGCCAUUUAGGGUUUAAAGGUCAGCACCAACACUUUGAAUUGUGCUCGGAAAUGUGAGUAGACCUGCAUAGAAUUGCACUGUCAAUGCUAGAGUAACAGAGCAAUUAACAACAACAAGAACCUUAUGCCAGACUACGUAGAGCUAGAACAAGCAGGUCUUGCUGCUAAGCAGGGAAAGGUUAGGACGGUGCCCUGAAGGAACCCUUGGUUUCACCUCUACAGGCAGCUCUUAUGUUCUUACAGAGCAUUGCUUAAGAACAUAAAAGAGCUUGCUGGAUCAGGCCCAUGGCCCAUCUAGUCCAGCCUCCUGUUCUUGCAGGGGCCAAACAGAUGCCUCUAUUGGAAAACCCACAAGCAAGAUUCAAGCGCAAAAGCCCUCUCUCUUCCUUUGAUUUACAGCAACCGGGAUGCACAAGCAUUGCUUCCUUCGACUGUGGAAGUCAGAGCAUGCUAGCCAUCACCACUAGCAGCCUUUGAUAGCCCAUCGCUAUCUUUUAAUUUGUCUUUUAAAGCCGUAUAAGUUGGUGGCGAUUUCUGCCGCCUGCGGGAGCGAGUUCCAUAGUUGAACCAUGCACUCUUUGUUUCUAAGAUUCCAACACACUUCCAACCAUAUUUCCCCAACCUUAAUAAUAAUAAUAUUUUUUUAUUUAUAUCCCGCCCUCCCCAACCAAAGCCGGGCUCAGAACGGCUAACAACAAUAAAAGUUACACAGCAUUCUAAAAUCAAUUCAUUCUAAAAUCAAUUCAAAAUCAAAUUCAUGGCGACCAUUGGGCUAGAGUUCUGUGAGGAUUACAGAAGGAGGGGGUCAGGCUGUGCCUUGGCCAAAGGCCUGAUGGAACAGCUCUGUCUUGCAGGCCCUGCGGAAAGAUGUCAAGUCCCGCAGGGCCCUAGUCUCUUGUGGCAGAGCGUUCCACCAGAUCGGGGGGAAAGCAACUUCAUCAUAAAGUUUUACCAAGCCCCUCCAUUAAAUAUCUCCACAGUUGCUCCUUUCCUCAAGUACAGUGGUGCCUCAGUUUUUGAACAUAAUCCAUUCCGGAAUACCCUUCGACUUCUGAAAUGUUCAAAAACCGAGGCACAAAAGGCGGUCUGCAAAUUCAGUGGAGAAAAUUUUUUUGUGGGGGGGGACGGACUUCAGCAGAAGCCGUUCGACUUCCGGGGCACGUUGGAAAACAGAAGCAUUUACUUCCGGGUUUUCGGCAUUCGAAAACCGAAACGUUUGGCUUCCGAGACAUUAGACAACCAAGGUACCCCUGCUAUAAACUUGAUUUCUUUAAAGGAGAAAAAGAAAGUCUGAAAACGGCCAUUCUGCAGCAGCUGACCCCUGGCUCAAAUCCUGUGGCUUUUUCAGUGUGUGUGGCGUCAUGGCAAACAUGCCGUGAUUCCACAUGGUUUGUGGCAGGGAGUCUUCAGCUGGGCAUUGCAGGGGGUUGGACUAGAUGACCCCUGGAGCCCCUUUCAACUCUACCGUCCUAUGACUGUAUGCAAUCCUCCUCUUGGGUCCAACCAGUUCUUCCUCUGUCUCCUUUGGAUACCAACUCCUGAUGGCAGCAUGUUAGCAGCAAGGCCUGUGGACUUUGCAUUGCUUUAAGGUGUCUUAAGGUGUAGAAAUAGCUUUCAGGUAUAGAUAAAGCUUAACCUGUUCUGACUUAGAUGCCCUCAGGCAUCCUCCAACCCUAAGCCCAGAUUGAAUUCAGCGGCUCAUAAUUGGCAUCUAUGAAAGCCAACAGACCAAGGUAUGCAGGUCUGGGUGGAUAAAGUGAGUGUCAUCGCUUAGACAUGUGAGCAGGAGAAAUCUCACCCGCCCUGAUCAAGGAGGGAAGGGACCAUUUGCCCCCAAAAAUACCCACCACACCCUAUGCCCACCUCAUUCUUCAUCUGCUUAGUUCCACUGCUGUGCACUGAGUUGCCUAAGGGCACUGCAAGGGCAGGCAGGGGAACUCCUGUUUGGAGAGAAGGAUUGGUGAUGCCUCACAUUCCUGGUGAGAAGAAGCCCCAUUGGUCCUGCCAGAAGCUGGACAUGACCCUCCCAGUCUCAUGUGGGCCAACAGUUACUUUUCAGAGUAUAUAAAGCAGCCCCAAGAAGUGAGGAUGUUCCAUUCCCCGCGCGACGAAGACAUCCACCAGCGAUGAAGGCCCUUCUGAUCUUCGUGGUGGCUGGAAGCUUCUUCAUGCAGCCGAGUAAGUCUUUCAAUUGGUUUUUCUUCAUUCUGAGUGUAUUUCAUCUAGGAAACUCAGCUCUGUGAGCUAUCAAAACCUUAAUUCAUCCUUCAUAAGCCAACCAGAGCCAGUGGAGUGGAGUGGUUAAAGCUUCAGACUAGGACCUGGGAGUUGUUGCUGUUUAGUCGUUUAGUCAUGUCCGAAUUUUCGUGACCCCCUGGACCAGAGCAUGCCAGGCACUCCUGUCUUCCACUGUCUCCCGCAGUUUGGUCAAACUCAUGCUGAUAGCUUCGAGAACACUGUCCCACCAUCUCGUCCUCUGUUGUCCCCUUCUCCUUUCCCACCAUCAGGGUCUUUCCCAGGGAGUCUUUUCUUCUCAUGAGGUGGCCAAAGUAUUGGAGCCUCAGCUUCAGGAUCUAUCCUUCCAGUGAGCACUCAGGGCUGAUUUCCUUCAGAAUGGAUCGGUUUGAUCUUCUUGCAGCCCAUGGGACUCUCAAGAGUCUCCUCCAGCACCAGAAUUCAAAAGCAUCAAUUCUUCGGUGAUCAGCCUUCUUUAUGGUCCAGCUCUCACCUGGGAGACCAGGGUUCAAAUCCUCACUCUGCCAUGAAGCUCAGUGGGUGACCUUGGGCUGGUCACUGCCUCUCGGACUAACCUACCUCACAGGGUUGUUGCGGAGAUUAAAUAAGGAGCGGGAGAACCAUGUGCACCACCUCGAACUCCUUGGAGGAAAAGGUGGGAUAUAAGUGCAAUAAAUAAAUGGAUUGAUCAAUUCAUCAAUCAAUUGCAUUGCAUUUAUAUCCCAUCUUUUUUGUUCUCCAAGGAGAUCAAAGUGGCAAAAAUGGUUCUCAACCUCCCCAUUUAAUGCCCACAGCAACUCUGUGGAGUGAUUUGGGUUGGGAGACACGGACUGGAACCCAAGGUCACCCAGUGAGUUUCACAAUGCCCAAGUAAGGAUUGAAACUCUGGUCUCUGGCACUUGGAAGUUAAAGACCUCCAAAACAUAACUUAAACGAGUUUGCUCCCACAGCCCUUAUUAGGGUUAUUUCCUGUUAAGAUUCCCCAAGCAUUCUCUGAAACUUUGACUCUUAAUCAAACCUUCGAGACGGGAAUUUUACAAAUGCCUCAAAUGUCAAUAUUUGCCAGAGUUUUAUCGUUGGCGUGCAAUGGAAUUUAGCAUGUUACGGUUUUUUAUAUUUGGCAUGCCAGAUACUGUCGUUUGAAAUUACUGCAUUAGAUACUUGGCACCAGAGAUGGGGUAAGAAUUCAAUCCGGUUCACGUUGAAAGGAGAACCUAACUAAUUUGCAGUUUCUGAAACAAUCUGUGGAUGGGAAUAGAGCCAUCCUUCAAAAUCUGGAGAAAUGCAGUUUUCCAGCCAAACGAUACGUUUAAAAAAAACACCAGACUAGGGCAAGGUGUGCAUAAAAAUGGAUAUAUACAGGAAUUUGGGAGGGAGGAUUGGGCUAUCCUGCUUGCUCUGAGUGCCACAAUAUCUCCCCACCCCAGGCCUCCCUAUUUCUCACCAACAGCUCAAAAAUGACAAUUGUAUCUCUUCUCCUCAACUUCUGAACCCACAAAGGGUUCUGAUAUCUUCCCCAGCCUCACCCUCUCUCCCACCCAGAGUUUUCCCCAAAGGACAAUGAUGUCUGCAGUCUCUCUCUCUCUCUCUCUCUCUCUCUCUCUCUCACACACACACACACACACACACACACAAGCCUUCCUCAGCACCAGCAGAAAGAGAGGGAGGAGAGCCCCCCUUCUAGCUGCUCACGGCCGCACCUCUUCUUCCUCCCGAGGUGACCCAUUCAAGCUCUGAGGUAUAUCCUUGCAAGAGCCUGCUUCUAAGUCUCAGCUCAGGCCUUGUGCCUCUUGCCCCUCCUGGUGGCUCAGACUGUCAUUACAGCAUGACAACGAUCUAGUGCAAACAUAGUAUAGAGGGAAGUGAUAUUCAGACAGUCAAUCUACUGGGGGAAAUUGGUUUGAAAACCUAUGUGCGCUAGGUUUAAAAUUGCAUUGUGAAAUGUGCAUAUUUUGGCAGAGACGUCCAGUGCCCUAACACACAGGAGCCGAGUCAAAGAACUUGUUGACUGAUUUACCCCUGCUUCCCCUUAACUGUGUCAUUUCCCCUGGUUUAUUUUUUGAUUAUAAGAUUGUCAAGGGACGCUCCUCUCCUCUUGUACUCAUGCAAAGCACUGGGAACACUGAUAGGCUAUGUAUCAAUUAAUAAAUACUAAGGUUCCAGGGAGGAUGUAAGAUUGUUCUUGAACUCUCUCCAACAUAUUAGAUAUGGAAACUGACAGCGGUCUGAUUUUGAUGGCCCGUAACCUUAAAACAGUUUACAAAAAAAGGGGGAUAAAACAAUCAUUAAGAAAAAUUGACAACAGUAAUUGAAGACUUUUGAAAAGUGAACAUAACAAUAGAGGGGGAAACAGCUUAAAACUUGCACCAGUUUCCUAAACCUCUGGUAGACUUGCCCAGUGCUUUUUUUUUCUGGGAGGAACACAGUACCCCUAAACAUUUUGUGAAUCUAACUUUGGCCUCAUUAAAUUUUCAAUAUGAGUUGGAAAAGGGGAGUACCCCUAAACCUUUUUUUUUUUUUUUAAGCACUGGACUUGCCUAAACAAAAAAAGUUUUUAACAGGUUUCAAAAAGAGUACAGUGAAGGCACUUGCCUGGUAUUAUUAGUGAGCACAGAUCCCUAGCAUGAAUCUUACUUACAUAUUCUGUUGAAAAAUAUCAGCUGACAAAGACUAUUACGAAACAGCAGUAUCAUUCCGGAGACACUGUCCUUUUGAGGCUUUUGAGACGUCUUCCGCUGAAACUGUUGAAAGACUCUUGAGAGACUUUGGAAACUUUCGAAAGACUAUUGUGAGAUUGUCCUUAGACAUCUGUUUUGAGUACACAGCUUGGCGGUCCUCGCUACCACUCUGUUAUAUUGUGCAUAUGAACUCUGACUGGCUUAUUCCUAUAAUUUGAAUGAUAUCAUUAUUUAAUUAUAUAUUCUCAACUAACUAUUAGCCUACGUGUCGUGUUUGUAUUGUUGUGAUUGGUUCUUGUCAAAAUUACAAAUACCUAAAUACAGACGGUCAUUUACCCUCGCUAGAUUCAACGUGCUGCCAUCUGCCUUAUUGCAGGGCAGAUUUGAGGGUAAACCGUACGCGGAACGAGUCUGCCCCUGCAGCUUGAUGGAGGUAGAAACUGUCUCUCAUGCAAAAAUCUCCAAAUGAAUCCAAACUUCAGUGUCUAAAAUCCCUGGUAGAGGACAAGGAUCCUGAGAUCACGUUAAGGGUAGCCAAAUUCUGUGUGAUUGCCAUAAAACUUAGGGAACAAGCUGCGCUAUCAUAAUGAUUAAGAUUUUAAAUGAUAAUUUUAGGUUAUAUGUUAGUGACUAAGUUUUAAUUUAUACAUUUUUUGACUGUUGCUAUAUCUGUAUUGUCCCUGUUAUACCUGAUUGCAAAUUCAAAUAUAUCUCUAUAGUGUUUGAAGACUUCCUUGAUAUUAUAUGUGGACUGGAACUGGUCUGUGACCGAAAUAAUAAAAUUCAAGAUUCAAGGUUCUUAUUGCAACACAGGGGUUUGUUUUUGCUAUUAGUAGGCAGGAAUUUCCAAAGUGUAGCUUCUUCACUUUGUUCCUCCCCCCCCCCCCAUUAAACCGUUUCCCUCUCUUAUAGCUGGUUCACUGAAGUGUUACACCUGCAACACCCAGGUCAACAACAAUAACUGCAAAGGACAGCAAAACUGUGAUGGAAUUGGACAAGUAUGCAAAACAGAUGUCAUUGGUAAGACCAUUUCUUAGGUGCCCUUCUUCUUCUGUUGGGUUUGUUAUUCCUUCCUCAAUUCCUCAAAAAUUGAAACCAAACUUUUUAAAAAUCCGGCUUUCAAAAUAAACCUUUAUGCCCCCUUUUUAAUACAAAAGCGGCAAGAAAGGCAAUUCUUUCUCUGUGUCCUUUGAUUUUCGCUAUUCUUAUUUUCGCAACUAUAUAUAUAUAUAGACACGGGUGGCGCUGGGGUCUAAACCACUGAGCCUAGGACUUGCCGAUCAGAAGGUCAGUGGUUCGAAUCCCCGUGACGGGGUGAGCUCCUGUUGCUCGUUCCCUGCUCCUGCCAACCUAGCAGUUCGAAAGCAUGUCAGAGUGCAAGUAGAUAAACAGGUACCGCUCCGGCAGGAAGGUAAACAGCAUUUCCGUGUGCUGCUCUGGUUCGACAGAAGCAGCUUAGUCAUGCUGGCCACAUGACCUGGAAGCUGUACGCUGGCUUAAAUAACUGUUGGAAAUGAUAUGUUAAAAAAAAUGUAUUAAAAAAAAGUUCAACAUUUUUGGGAUUUCCUAAAAAAAAAAUAAUCAGGUGAUUUCGGGGUGUCCUUUUUUUUACUUUUUGGACUAUGGCAACCCUAUGCUAGCAGGUUUCCCACUGUUUGGUGAGAACAGGAUUUAUUAUUAUUUUUAUUAUUUUUAUUUUUAUUAAUUUUUUAACAUAUAAAUUCCAACAACCAGUUAACAUAACUUCUUAUCUUAUACAGUAUUUUAGACUUCCGUCAACAACCUCUGAAGAUUUUCCAUUCUUUAUCACUUGUUCUGCAUUUCUGAAUUUCUCUAUCACUUUAAAUUCUCCUUAACUAAUCAUUCUCUUCAAAGUCUUCCUUGCAAUAUUUCACAAAGUCCUCCUUACAGAACUUCUUGCAGUCCUACUAGCGUAAUCUGUUUAUCACAACUGCUUUUCAAAUAGUUCAAGUAUUUACUCCAGUCCUCUAUUGAAAUAUACUCGGAGUCGAGAGUGGAUUUCAUGCUCUUUAUUCAGCUCAUAGUGGUGAGGAGGAAUGAAAGUUCCCCCAAAAUAUCUGCUUCAUAUACAUUAUUUACACAAUGGGCCGCACGUGAUUGGCCAAUUCUGGGAUUCUCCUGUAGGCCAAUCAGGUUGUGGAUUCACUUCCAUCUGGAGCUGGAUUGGGUGGCUCCUGCGGAUCGAUCAUACUGCUGCAUUGUUCUAGGACCAAUCGGACUGCUGCAUUCUGGAUCCUAUUGUUCUAGGACCAAUCAGACUGCUGCAUUAUGGAUCCUAUUGUUCUAGGACCAAUCAGACUGCUGCAUUCUGGAUCCUAUUGUUCUAGGACCAAUCAGACUGCUGCAUUUUGGAUCCUAUUGUUCUAGGACCAAUCAGACUGCUGCAUUCUGAAUCCUAUUGUUCUAGGACCAAUCAGACUGCUGCAUUUUGGAUCCUAUUGUUCUAGGACCAAUCAGACUGCUGCAUUUUGGAUCCUAUUCAACUCAGUACAUAACACCUAUGAAUCUCUGGUCCCGCAGGUUUCGAAUCCUCCCUCUUAAUUUAUCUAAUUCUACAUCGUCCAUUAAUUUCAUUUGCCCUUCUUCUUUCGUUCGGUAAUUCUUCUUGCUUCCAUUUUUGUGCCAAUAACAUUCUUGCUGCUGUUGCUCCCGAUCUUCUUCCCAGGUGUCGUGGGCCUUUUCAACGUCAUCUCGAAGGAAUGUACUGCGUCCUGUGAUCCUUACUUCAGCGACUUCAAGGUGGGAAGAAGGAAUGUCUCCUGCUGUUCCACCGACCUCUGCAACGUCAACGGAGCCUCUGACUUCAAGAUGGGUUACGUCCAAGUGGCCUUCGCCCUUUCUGCCAGCCUUGCCUGCAUCCUUCUCAGAAGCAGGCUCUGAGGAGAAGGCUGCCUGUGUAGCUGUACAGAAGAGAAACCAAAUCUAGAUUCUUUC